GAACUGCGAAUUUGUGGACAUUCCAGAACGCUGUUACGCUGUUUUCUGACAUGAUGCAAACUGAAGAGGUAAAGGCGUACUACACUUUCCAAGAGCCCGUUCCCCUGAGACGAGCACGGCAGACUGUACUAGAAGGGAUCCAAACAGAAACCUUGAAACUUCAAUACUUCUCUCACGAGUAUGGAGAAGUUCCCAUCCUCUUCGGCUACCUGAGUGUCCGGUCCCAGGACGCGGCAGAGGACGCCAUCACCAGCAUGGUGGCCAUGUUUGAGGAGGAAAAGGCCACCCUGCUGACGGAACGGACGGACGGCCCGGUCGGUCCGCGUACCUACCUCCACUCCAAGUACUCCGACCUUCUCAAACAGGCCUGCUGCUGCUGUUGGAAGUUUCAAAUUGAUCCAAGUAACCCGUUGAUCAAAAAGGUUCUCACUUUCGACGUCCUACAUAGUGACGAGAACACUAUUUCGCGUCUGAUUCGAGUCAUCAACGACAAGACCAAUGGAUUUAAUCUGGGACUUGUGUCACGGUGGUUCCUCAGACAACUGCAGAAGAAGUUCAAGUAUUUUGUAAAGGUGGCGGCAAAUACUUGGUUUGCUGACAGUGUGGGGCAUAGACUGCGAUUGGUCAAUCAGUUGGAGUCACCCUGGGAGUUCAGCUACUUGCACCUGGCCUCGUUUUGCACACACCCGAAGCUGAUCGCCUUGCUGCUCCGGCACGGCGCGGACCCGGACCGAGGAUCGCCCCGCUUCGGUCGGCGGUGCCCUGUGGAGUACCUCUUCCUAGCUAUGUGCUGGGACGUGUAUAAGGGUCGCGAUGACUGUGCCUGUCGUGUCCGGCGCUGCCUGCAGAUCUACUGCCGAGCCAUGCCGAGGAUCCCGCUCCAGAUCCCGUCCUUCCACGACCCGAGUGACUCGGACAGCGACUCGGAGCCCGACCUGUUGGCCGUCCCGCACGCGCGGUGGAACUCCUGGGUGCCCCGGGAGAGGUGCACCAACCCCUGCGAACUCAAGCACCUCUGCAGGUGUCUCAUCAGAAAACGUCUGCAGGACAACGGGAUGCUGCCAGGGGGCGUUUAUCAACUCAACUUGCCGACGCUUCUGCAGAAGUAUCUCGACUUGCUCCUUGAUUAGUUAUGAUGACUCAGUGCAAGCCCAUGACAUGCGUCUGUAGUUUUGGGGUGGAAU